AUGACUUUGUCGUAUCUGGCAUUCCUAUCGACGCCACGCCUUCCAGAUCACUGUUCUCCGACCUACCCAAUACUCGCCAAAGUCUCUGCGUACUUUGGGAUAUGCAUACCCACCCCUCUGGCUGCUCUGUCGACACUGUUGGGGACUCUGUCAAUCAUAUCAUGGCUGUUUGCGCAGCUGCCGCAGAUUUUCAAAAAUUAUCAUAUCAAGUCCACCGCGGGAUUGUCCAUAUUCUUUUUGGCGGAGUGGCUGCUCGGUGACUUGACCAACCUGUUGGGCGCACUGUUCACAAAACAGGCUGCGUGGCAAGUUAUUAUUGCGAGCUACUAUGUCUUCGUUGAUGUAUGCCUUGUCGUUCAAUAUUUCUGGUACACUUACUGCACGAGAUGUAUCUAUGCCGAAAGCCUGCACUCAAGCGGCAGCAGCGAGUUUGAUGACACAGAUAGUGCCAUUAUCAAUGGUCUGUCUCCCAUCAACUCGACUUUCGCUGGUGAGGAAGCGCACGUGAGUGAUUCAGACGACAGUCCCAACAAAUCGGCCAAUCCUAGGGACGUCGAAGCACCUCAUUUUACGCUAGUGCACUAUGGAGAGAAGGAUGGGAAGCCACUUCGCGACCUAUCGUACGACAAUAAGGCGGGCGCCAGCUGGAUGCCAUCCCCUUCUCCACGCACAUUCAUGUACGCAGCAACACUGUCUUCUCUGGCGUCAAAUGUCGCAGCGGCCCCUAUACCCUUUCCCGCAGAUCAUUACCGGCACGGAAUUCAUCUUCUUCGGGUCGAUACCCCGCUUGAGAUAGCCGGGACGAUCCUGUCGUGGUGUUCGACGUUGUUAUAUCUCGGAUCUCGACUGCCUCAACUAUACAAGAACUGGCGGCGCCAGUCCACUGCUGGCCUCUCGCCGCUGUUGUUUUUUGCCGCCUUCUGCGGCAAUUUCUUUUAUUCCACGUCGCUACUCGCCAAUCCAAACGCUUGGGAGGACUACGGUCCCUAUGGUCACCACGGUUGGGUUGAUUCGGAGGGGUCGCAGAGAUGGGCCUGGGUGGCUCGAGCGGCUCCCUUCUUCCUCGGCGCUGCGGGCUGUCUGAGUAUGGAUGCGUUGAUGGGAAUCCAAUUUAUGAUGUACGGAGAAAGAGAGGACCGCAUUGUGAAGGUCAGAGAUGGCCACGGGUACAGUCAUUGGGAAAGAGUCAAUGGGUGGAUGAGAGGCUGGAUCCCCAACAUGGCCGGAAAGGAUAGAGUGGUUGACAUGGCUCAAAGCCAAAGACUGUUGAGCGAAAGCGGGCAUUUGAGCAUGAGUCGACGGAGCCAUCAUCAUGACUAUGGGACCAUAGAGUCUUGA